GCCUCCAGUAAAGACUAUAUACCUUGGAUUGUUGGAUGACUAACAACUCCUGGACUCUGGCUUUUUCUUUUUUCUUUUUUUUUUCUUGGUGCCAAUUUAUUUCCUCCACCUGCCAGAUGUGCUGUGGCUACAUGUUGCCCAAAGGAUAUCUUUAACUCCAUAAAACUGUCAACCAAUCGGAGGAAUUAUCAGGUGUAAUGGAUUUCUUUGGCUAAAUCACAUUUAUCCACCAGGAGCUUGAUUGAGGUGCAGCAGGCCUGGAUGACAACUGUCUUUGUUCUUUGACUCUAUGCUGUUGUUGUGGCUCAGACAUUCAGUCUGGGCUUUGUGGCAGGGCCUGAAACAACAUCUCCGACAGAAAAAAUGGAGACCAGUGGCUGCAUCCCACUCUGUUGGAGUAAAGGGGUCUGCAUUUAUGCACAGCACCCCUUACCAAAAUAUGAAGGACAGUUAGCCCCAGCAGGAGCAUCUGAGUCAGGCAUGGCAUCAUCUUCCUAUCUGGAACCCAACCUCAAUCAUUCCACAGCCGGUGGUUGCGGGGUUAAGUCCCGGUCUGGGGUGCCUGGUGGUACUAGUGUUGGUACCAGUGGCUCUGCUGGAGGGAUUGAGCGGCCACCAGGCUCCAUGGACCGGGUGCUUAAGAUCUUCCAUUACUUUGAGACAAACAGUGAACCGUGCAACUGGGCUAGCAAUAUCAGGCAUGGAGAUGCUACAGACGUCCGGGGUGUCAUCCAGAAGAUAGCAGAGAUUCACAAAUUGCGCUGUGUGUCCUCUCUGGGCCUCCGUCUCACACACCUGCACUCUGAAGCACUUCAUUGGUUACACCCUGACUUGGGCGUGUCCCAUAUCAGGGAGAAAUAUGAGAAACAGCACCCCCAGGAGGAAUGGAGGUAUGAGUUGCGGAUGCGGUACCUUCCUAAAGGUUACCUCACUCACUUCUCUGAAGACAAACCCUCUCUCAACUACCUCUAUCACCAGGUGAAGAGCGAUUACAUGCAACAUUUAGCUGAUCAGGUGGAUCAAGAUGUUGCUUUGAAACUGGGCUGUUUGGAGAUUAGGAGGUUCUUCAGAGACAUGCCAGGCAACGCUCUGGAUAAGAAAUCCAACUAUGAACUACUAGAGAAAGACGUUGGUUUGAGAAGGUUCUUCCCCAAAAGCCUGAUGGACUCUCUGAAGGCUAAGACUCUUCGUAAGCAGAUCCAACAGACCUUUAAGCAGUUUUCAAACCUCAACGAUGAGCAGAGCAUCCACAAGUUCUUUGAAAUAGUUUCUCCCAUCUACCGCUUUGACAAGGAGUGCUUCAAAUGUGCUCUUGGGUCUAGUUGGGUAAUAUCAGUAGAGUUAGCGAUUGGACCCGAGGAAGGAAUCAGCUACCUCACAGAUAAGGGCUCAACACCUACCCACUUAGCCAACUUUAACCAGGUACAGUCCAUCCAGUAUUCCUCUUUGGAAGAGAAGGACAGGAAAGGCAUGCUGCAGCUGAAUGUAGCCGGCGCUCCAGAGCCGCUCACAGUCACCACUGCAUCGCUGACCACGGCAGAAAACAUGGCUGACUUGAUUGACGGCUACUGUCGGCUUGUCUCCUCGACAACACGCUCCUUCAUUGUCAGAGUUCACAAAGAGGGUGACAGAGCUUUGCCUUCACUCCCCAAAGUUUCAAAUCAUGAGAAGCGAAUGGAGAAAAGGAUGGACGGAGUCCGGACCAGAGCCGUUUGCGUCUCAGGUCAGACUAGCGGCGAUGAAACUGAUGAUUAUGCUGAGAUCAUAGAUGAGGAGGACACCUACACUAUGCCUUCAAAAUACUAUGGACUUGAUCAAGCACAGGACUACGAGAUUCAGAGGGACCGUAUUGAGUUGGGGCGUUGUAUAGGUGAGGGCCAGUUUGGAGACGUCCAUCAAGGAGUCUACAUCAGCCCGGAGAACCCGGCUUUGUCUGUGGCCGUUAAGACCUGUAAAAAUUCCACGUCAGACAGCGUCAGAGAGAAGUUCCUCCAGGAGGCAUUGACCAUGCGUCAGUUUGACCAUCCUCACAUUGUUAAGCUGAUGGGAGUCAUCACGGAGAAUCCUGUUUGGAUCAUCAUGGAGCUUUGCACACUGGGAGAGCUGCGUUCGUUCCUGCAGGUGAGGAAGUACAGUCUGGACUUGGCCACUCUCAUCCUGUAUUCUUACCAUCUCAGUGCAGCACUGGCCUAUCUGGAGAGCAAACGCUUCGUCCACAGGGACAUAGCAGCCCGGAAUGUGUUGGUGUCUACAGUUGACUGUGUGAAACUUGGCGACUUUGGUUUGUCACGAUACAUGGAAGAUAGCUCUUAUUACAAAGCAUCUAAAGGUAAACUGCCAAUUAAAUGGAUGGCUCCAGAAUCCAUCAACUUCCGACGGUUUACCUCAGCUAGUGAUGUCUGGAUGUUUGGUGUCUGCAUGUGGGAAAUUCUCAUGUAUGGCAUCAAACCUUUCCAAGGCAUAAAGAACAAUGAUGUUAUUGGGAGGAUAGAGAACGGCGAGCGACUGGCCAUGCCCCCUCAGUGCCCGCCCACUCUCUACAGCUUGAUGACAAAGUGUUGGUCAUAUGAUCCCAGCAAGAGGCCGCGCUUCACCGAACUUAAAACACAACUCAGCACCAUAUUAGAGGAGGAGAAGGUCCAGCAGAAGGAGAGGAACAGGAUGGAGAUGCGGAGACAGGUCACAGUUUCUUGGGACUCUGGAGGGUCCGAUGAAGCACCACCAAAACCUAGCAGACCAGGCUAUCCCAAUCCUCGGUCUAGUGAAGGUUUUUACCCCAGUCCCCAGCAUCCUGGACACUACCAGAUGGCAGGUUACCCUGGACCCCACACCCUCCCCUCUGUGCCCAGCGCCCUGUACCCCCCACAGGCUACAGUAUUGGACACGCAUCACGCGCACACACACCCCCGCCACCAUGUCCAUACACACUCACAUGCACAGCACCUUCCCCAGCCCCACGGACAGGACAUGGCAGUUUGGAGUUCUGCAUUGGAGGACAGGGCUGUAGAUAUGCAGCAGUGUGUAGGCCAGCAGUGCCUGUUAAUGGAAGAGCAGCUGAUGAUACAGCAGCAGCAGAUGGAGGAGGAUCAGAGGUGGCUGGAGCAGGAGGAAAGACUGCUGAAACCAGACAGCAGAAGUUCUAGAGGGAGUCUGGACAGAGAGGAAAGUGGACUCCAGCCGCCAACUGGAAACCAGCACAUAUACCAGCCCGUUGGCAAACCAGAGCAUGCUGCGCCUCCAAAGAAACCCCCACGACCCGGAGCCCCUGGCCAAGUGGGAGGUCUGGCCUGUGUAAACACGGACAGUUACAAUGACGGAGUAAAGCCCUGGCGGCUGCAGCCCCAAGAGAUAAGCCCGCCCCCCACCGCUAACCUUGAUCGCUCCAAUGACAAGGUGUAUGAGAACGUAACAGGAUUGGUCAAAGCUGUUAUUGAGAUGUCCAGCAAGAUCCAGCCAGCUCCUCCAGAGGAAUAUGUGCCCAUGGUCAAGGAUGUAGGUCUUGCUUUGAGGACAUUACUAGCCACAGUAGAUGAGACUAUUCCACAACUUCCAUCCAGCACACACAGAGAGAUUGAGAUGGCACAGAAGCUUUUGAACUCUGACUUGGCAGAGUUGAUUGGAAAGAUGAAGUUAGCCCAACAAUAUGUAAUGACGAGUCUCCAGCAGGACUAUAAGAAACAGAUGUUGACAGCUGCUCACGCACUUGCGGUCGAUGCCAAGAACCUGCUGGAUGUCAUUGACCAAUCACGGCUGAAGAUGAUGGCCCAUUCCCGCCCACACUAGCCCUGUGUCAGCAGAGCUGACCAGUAGGAGCUCAUUCAUUAUCUGAGAGAUGGUGUCAAAAUCACUAUGGUUACCAUGAGCAGUGGAAAAUAGACUCCUGGAUGAGCUGAUGUUUACAUAAAAAAACCUCCAUUAGGUGAGACUCAGUGGCUGUGAUACUGUGAUAAAAGUCUGUGAAGAAUCUUUGGGCGUCCCCGAAAUGGACAGGAAGUGCUGUGGUAGUCAGCUCUUUGGAGAUUGAACUCACCACCACUGUGAUUUUCUAAAACACACAAGCAGCAAAAAUUAUUCCUGAAUCAGGGACUCGGCAGCUUCAGUUUCUUCGGACUGUUGUGGACUAAAUGAGACGAGGACGAGGAAUUUACUGGUGUUUUUUAAAUCAAGGAACUUGACCUGAAGUGAGCCUGAUGUCCUGCUUCGGGUACUGGAUUAUCUCUUAAAGGUGGGCACGUGAUAACAUCAGCUUGUAGUGGAGCUGUUUUCUUUUGGUGGAAUACAACUUUUAAUCAAAGCCAUUCAAAGCGGGAAACCUGAUUGGCCUACAUUUGUUUACAGCUUAUCUGCUCCCAUGGACUGGACAAGCCUACAGCCAUUUUGGUGCGUUUGUCGACGUCAUGUGAUUUGUGUCCUCGACGUGAACGCCUUUCUUAGCUGAAAUACCUCCACAUCACCACACAUGGAUCUCAAGCAGAUGACACGUGAUGCUGACGAGCAGCGGGCGAACGCUUCCACAGGACACACAGUUUCGUCAGAACUCUGUGCUGCUCCUCCCUUCUUUUCUCCAUCCUUCUCUCCAGCUUUUAUUUAUAGACUGAAUUUGCAGAGGAGCAGUUUGUGGGAGGCACUGGAGGACAUUUGUGGACCAUCUAGAGCUUCCCUCUUUGUCUUCUUUUGCUCCUUCGAGUUCUCCCUGUUCCUCUCUUGCGGUCUUCCUCAGCUCCAAUCUAAGCAGGUUCUUAAGACUCCAAAUGUGAAGAAUCCAACUCUACCGAGUCAGCGCCUCAGACAGGGAACCCGCUUUGUGCACUCACUUUGCCUACACUCGUAACCAGCUGGUUCCUUGAUUUGGGGUGGGGUUUUUUUUUCCUCAAUGUUGUCUUCUUCCAUUCUUAAAAUGGUAACUUCCGAUUUUCAGUCCUGUUGACUCUGUUGAGCAAACAAAAAGCUGAGGGUGGACUCCGGCUCCACGAUCACGUCUCAGGCUCUGUCUGGUCUUCUGUCUGUAAUUAAGUGUUCUUCAGUCUUCUUCCUCACCUGCAGUUCCGGCGUCACACCUAACGGUCCCAUCGCCCACUGGCAUUCCCAGAGACACUGACGAUACACCUUCGUGCUGUGAGCCUCACGUUUCCGUCAGGUGACACACUGUCUUUUGUCUCCAGGGGAACUAAAACACACACAAAAUACGGAGACGCGCUAUGAGAGCUCGUCUCGUGGACGAAAAACACUGACAUGCAAAGACAGUUGUUAAUAUCAACCCCACUUGGAAAGUUGACACAUCAUUACGAGUCGUGCCAGUGACCGUACUGGCAGAGCAUGAAUUACUGGUAUGGACAAGAGCAUAUUUGCACAGCACCAAAAAAAAAAAAAAAGAAAAUCACAAAAUGUUAAUCCUAUUUUACCAAGAUUUGGAGUGUUUGUUUGGCCAACAGUGAAAUAUCUGAGUGUUAUAGGGAUUUUAAAAGAUUCUAUUUUAUCUGUUUGUUGUUGUGUAAAUCUGCUCACGCUGUUCUAUUGUAAGCUAUACUGGUGUGCAUCACUGGUAAAUUGUACAGGACAUGUUCUAGUAAACACUGGUUUUUAUUUUGUCUCCUGGGCCAAGUCGGCCCUCUUGUCAAAUAGGAGGAAAAAAAUGAAAUAAAAGUAAUGA